CAAAGACUGUGUGUGUGACAGUAUUGGGUUGGAAACUGAAAAGGGAGGGAAAUGAAACACCCUAUGAGAUCGAAACCCUAAUAAACAAAACCAAAACCAAAACCAAAACCCACCAAGUUCAGUGCAGUGCAGUGCAGUGCAGAACUGUGUAGUUCACUCCUCCAUGACUGGCAUGCAUCCACAUAAAUUCAAUUCCAUUUUCCUUCACACUUCACUGUAUAAAUAAGUAUUCAGGUGACAACUUUCAAGCUUGGAACGCGCUCUGCUUGCUUCUAUGGCGAGGCUGUUUCGGAACACUAUCCUUCUCAGUCGCUCCCUGUUCGUCCCUCAGGGCUUUAAACUAGGAAUAUGUGGCACUUCACAGGCUUUGAGCUUUUCAUCUAAAGGUAGAAGGCGCUCUAAAUCUGAUGGAAGUGACUCAGGUGAAGAGAACAUGUCUAAGAAAGACUUGGCCCUUCAACAAGCUCUUGAUCAGAUUACUUCCGCAUUUGGAAAAGGAUCUAUUAUGUGGCUUGGUCGCUCUGUCUCACCAAAAAAUGUACCUGUUGUGCCUACUGGUUCUUUUGCUCUAGAUUUAGCACUAGGAAUUGGUGGCCUUCCAAAGGGACGUGUUGUGGAAAUAUAUGGUCCAGAGGCUUCUGGAAAAACUACUCUUGCUUUGCAUGUGAUUGCGGAGGCACAGAAGCAAGGAGGCUAUUGUGCCUUUGUUGAUGCUGAGCAUGCCCUAGAUAGGACACUUGCAGAGUCUAUUGGUGUGAAUACCAACAACUUGCUUCUCUCACAACCAGAUUGUGGUGAACAAGCUCUUAGUCUUGUGGAUACCUUAAUCCGUAGUGGUUCAGUUGAUGUAAUUGUUGUUGACAGUGUAAGAGUGGCUGCUCUUGUUCCUAAAGGUGAGCUUGAUGGUGAGAUGGGUGAUGCUCACAUGGCAAUGCAGGCUAGGUUGAUGAGUCAGGCACUUCGAAAAUUGAGCCACUCUUUGUCGCUUUCUCAAAGUAUAUUGAUUUUCAUAAACCAGGUGAGGUCUAAGAUUUCUACUUUUGGGGGAUUUGGUGGGCCUACUGAAGUUACUUGUGGUGGUAAUGCCUUGAAAUUCUAUGCUUCUGUGCGACUUAAUAUCAAGAGAAUAGGAUUUGUCAAGAAAGGCGAAGAGAUUAUAGGAAGCCAGGUUGUUGUCAAGGUUGUGAAGAACAAGCUUGCACCUCCAUUUAAAACUGCUGAGUUUGAGCUUCAAUUUGGCAAGGGUAUAUCUAGGAAAGCCGAGAUUAUAAAGUUGAGCUUAAAAUACAAACUCAUCACCAAAGCUGGUUCAAUGUAUUACUACAACGAGCAGAGUUUCCGCGGCGGGGAUGCUCUCAAGGAUUUUCUGGCUGAGAAUCCUACUGCAUUGGAAGAACUUGAAAUGAAGCUCAGGGAGAAGCUUCUCAAUCCUGAAACAGAAAAGGUGCCAGAGUCAGAUAGCGGAGAAGUCCUGGAAGAAAUUGCAACCCUUGAUUCUACUGACGAAGAAACCGCAGUUGUUGUAGAAGCAUGAUUUAGUGAAGUAUGACUCUUUUCCCUGCCUCAAUCUGGAACCACAUGAUUGAUGUAAAUGAAGAAAGCCCUUAGAAGGGAAUAGGGAUGCUUACAUGAUACCUCAGAUGCUUCACUCCUGGAAUCUCAUAAUUGAAUUUGGUUCAUCUAAAGAGGUUGGUGCACAUUAGAGGGUAAUGUAUGGAGUUAUAACUAUUGAUUGGGAAAUUAAUAGAUGAGACUGACAAAGUUGUUCUGAUUUUCCAACCCUUAGUGGAGUCAAAUUCUUCAUCAUUCUAGCUUGUUAUUAAAUGUUUAGGUCACUGCACCCACCUGUAAAUUAAUUUUUUGUGUCAUUUUAUAUACGCCUGAGUCAUAUGGCACGUGUAUGGUGACAGUAAAGGACUAACUGGUUAGAAAGUAAUGUCCUUGCUCCAGAGUAUAGUAAUCAUCAAAUUUUUGUAAGGAUUUUGCUGUGCAAGAUUGCAAGCUGUGCACAUGUAUCUCAUUGGAAUCUUUGAUAUC